AUGACGCCGGAGACGGUGACGCUGAUACUGGUCAACCUCGCCGGAAUAAUGGAAAGAGCUGACGAGUCAUUGUUACCGGGAGUUUACAAGGAGGUUGGAGAAGAGCUCCACGCUGACCCUACUCGGUUGGGAUCGUUGACCCUUUUCCGAUCAAUCGUUCAGGCGUCCUGCUUCCCUCUCGCGGCGUACUUGGCGAUGCGCCAUAACCGUGCUCACAUCAUAGCUUACGGUGCUUUCCUUUGGGCCGCCGCUACUUUCCUCGUUGCAUUAUCUUCCUCAUUUUUUCAGGUUGCAAUAUCUAGAGCUUUGAACGGAAUCGGCCUUGCAAUAGUAGGACCCGCAAUCCAAUCAUUAGUAGCCGAUUCCACCAAUGAUGAAAACCGUGGAAUGGCUUUCGGGUGGCUACAACUAACAAGCAACCUCGGUUCAAUCAUCGGUGGACUCCUUUCCUUACUUUUAGCCUCCACCACAUUCCUCGGAAUCUCCGGAUGGCGAAUCGCCUUUCAUCUCGUCGGAAUCAUCAGUGUCAUCGUCGGAAUCAUGGUCCGCCUUUUCGCCGACGACCCACGUUUCAAAGAUUCCAAAACCCCUCAAAAUGUCGGAAAAAAUCAAACUUUAUUAUCCCAAGUCAAAGAGUUAGCCCGGGAGGCUAAAUCCGUCAUUAAUAUUCGGUCUUUUCAGAUUAUUGUGGCUCAAGGUGUUACGGGUUCGUUUCCGUGGUCGGCAUUGUCGUUUGCACCCAUGUGGUUGGAACUUGUUGGUUUCUCUCAUAAGGAUACGGCUUUCUUGAUGACUUUAUUUGUGAUUGGGAAUUCGUUUGGGGGGUUGUUUGGAGGCCGGGUUGGUGAUAUUUUAUCGAAGCGGAAUCCGAAUUCCGGGAGGAUUGUUUUGGCCCAAAUAAGUUCGGCAUCGGCGAUUCCAUUAGGGGCGUUGCUUUUGUUGGCAUUGAAGGACGAUCCUUCGGCUUUGUUUUCGCAUGCUAUCGUGUUGUUUGUCACGGGUUUUUUUAUUUCUUGGAACGGCCCGGCUACAAACAAUCCUAUUUUUGCAGAGAUUGUUCCGGAGAAAUCACGAACAAGCAUCUACGCAUUAGACCGAUCAUUCGAGUCAAUCCUAUCGUCAUUUGCUCCUCCAAUAGUCGGAAUCCUGGCCCAACAUGUUUACGGUUACAAACCGAUUGAAAAAGGAUCCGAAACCAUCGAAACCGAUCGCGUUAACGCCACCUCAUUGGCUAAAGCCCUCUACAUUUCAAUCGCGAUUCCGAUGACAUUGUGUUGUUUCAUCUAUUCCUUUCUGUAUCGAACGUACCCAAGAGACCGAGAACGUGCCCAGAUGGAAGCUCUUAUAGAAGCCGAAAUGGAAACUCUGGAAUCGGAAUCAGAAGAACAGAAACCGAGGUACCGAUUCAAUGAUGAUGAUGAUCAUGAUGAUAGAACGAGUAUCGAUAUGGAGUAUGGUGGUGGAGAUGAUUCGGUUGUGUUAGAUGAAAGCGAUGAAAAAUUGUUGCUUUAUAGACAAUUGACAUUUGCAAAUAUGAUUCAUAGUUGA